UGGCAAGAUACGAUCAAACUGCCUUCUGCUCUGGACCUCCAGAAGAGAGAUCUACAGACUCUGAAUUUGUUAGCUAAAACUCCUUUUCAAACUGAUCUGAAGUUCAACUCAAGAAAACAUGACCGGCUUUUUUCUUAAGUUUGGGCUCCUUCUGUUAUGCAGCAUUUGCCAUUAUAGUGAAGGGCUUGGAAAGGAUGAAUGUCCUGACCCUAACACAACUAAAUGUGCAGAGUAUUACAUGGAUCAAUAUGUUGUGGGUACUUGGGCUCGAUAUUAUUGCGAUGAAGGCUACAAGAGAAAAGCCGGAAUAACUAACAUUAUCAGAUGCAAGAAUGUCUCUGGAGUCGUUCAAUGGAUAAGCAGUUCCCAACCAGUUUGCAUAGGGCUGCCUCCUACCGAAAAAUGGGAGAACAGUUCCACUGGGCCCCAAAUCAGCACCAGAACCUCAACAGCCGCAGAAGGAUUUUGUGGCACUCCUGUCCGAGUGGAGCAUGCCACUGUUAAGGUGACAAAGUAUAAACUGGGGCAAAAGCUAACAUUUAAAUACUUGAAUGAAUCUCAAGUAUGGGUCCCCGGCACUGGUAUUAUUACGUGUGAGAACUCUAGUGGAGUUGCCGCCUGGUCCAGCUUAAAUCCACAAUGCACCGAUGAGGUCCACUUGACUUCGGGGGAGCAGCGUCUCAAUCCAGCUAUUUUAUGCAUUAUGGCUGCAGGGACUAUGGUCUUCAUUUUAUAAAGGUUCCUGGCCAGCGGAAGGGCUCCCGGUAAUUUUCAAUGGCACAAGAAAGCUUCCUGGGAAGAUACUUAUCCAGUAUAAUUCUGUAAUUCGGUUCUAUGGAAGGAGAACAGGAAUAGAAAUGGACCAUCCAGAGCUCUGGUGUCACAUGAUAUACAUAUGACCUGAAAUGAUUGAGG